AUGACGGAUAGUGCAUCAAAAAUUCAUCGUAUUCGGUUAUGGCUCGAAGACAUAAAGAUUACCAGUCGAGAGAAUCAGCCCUUUCGCACAGAACUGUGGCCAAGACAGUCAACGCAGGAGAUUAAAGAUGUGAAACUAAAUAUCAAGAAAAAACCAAAACGAAUACGUAAUGCGUAUACGGCAGAACAGCUAGCGAUAUUAGAAAAAGCAUAUAGCGGCUACAAAUACAUCAAUCCAACAAAUCGCAAAGCAAUGUCUCAAGCUUUAAAUGUCAAUGAACAAUGCAUAAAAAAUUGGUUUCAAAACAGAAGAAUAAAAGAAAAGAAAGAAAUCUUAAUGAACGACGAAAAUCGUCUGAACGAACGGGAUAGUAAUAAAGUUACUUUAUCGUCGUCUAUACCAAGAUAUGAAAUCAAAAUAUGUAAUCCAAGUCAAGUUGCUAAUUCAACUACCUGCGCAAAUGAUGGCGAAUCGACUAAUAACUUGAAUCAUUUCAACCAACCACCCGUCCCCUACAGGCCUUAUUUUCAAUCAAGCGAGGUGCAGACCAUUUGUGAAUCUGGAAGUAAUUCAGUUAGUACUUCAUUGCUUCCUAAACCUCCUAGUUCGAAUUUAAGUAACACUUCUGACUUCGUAGCUAAAGAAGAUAUCAAUGAAUUACUUACUGAUUUGAGUCAGUUCAUCCAAACCAAUUCCGUUUAUUAUUCUCCUUCUUCAAAUCCAGGACAGAAGAAUUAUGAAUCGAGUAGUAGCUCAAUUACUGGUUCAUUACAUCCUAGUUCUCAAAAUGAAAUCAGAAUAAGUAGUUCAAAUUUGUAUCGUUCAUCUGACGUCAUUGCCACUGAAAAUGUCAAUGACUCAUCUGUUAACUUUGGUCAGGUUUUUCAAUCGAAUACCUUUUACGAUCAUAAUCAUUUAACUUCAUGGGAAGAACAAAAACGAUGCGAAUUAGGCACUGGUUCAUUAUCUGCUGUAUUUAAUAAUGAAACCGAAAGAUAUAAUGUAUAUGCAAAUAGCGUAUCUAACUCAAAUAUUAGCGAAAAUAUUAAUGAGUCACGUGUUGAAUUGAAUCGGGAGAACCAAUCCGAUCUUGUUUAUUGCAAUCCUUAUGAAUAUGAAGUACAGCAAAGCUAUGCUCACAAUUCUUAUGAUAACCAUUAUACAUACUCAACUCAUUCUUACCCAUAA